AUGACUGUCCUUCUUUCACAUCAAGUGCUCGUCAGGCGCAAGGCUGAUGGGUCAAGUCGACGGGUUGUCGCUAUCGGGACAGCUUUGCUCCUUUUGACUCUCAUCUUCAUCGCACGCAGGGAUCACCAGGAUAGGGCCGACUCUCUGCUCCUGCAACAGCUGCAUGCAUUGACCCCGUCGUCCUUGCUAGCUUUGAAUGAUGGGAUGACUGCGUCCCUGGCUGAAAACUCUAACUUGUGUUCCAAGAAGGCUGAGAUUUUCGAGAAGUUAGAUCAGCUCCUGAAGCGCUUGCAAGGCGAGAAUUCGUUGGUGAAUUCCACAGUUGAUGAUGCGAAAGAUACCUACGAGGAGUCCCUUGAGGGCUGGCUCGCCUCGGAAUCGAGCUUUCGAAUGGCAGCGAGCAAGGUUGAAAUAGCCAAGGAGGCAGCCAAGUUCCUUAUCAGAAGAGUUGUGGUUGAUAAAGAGGUUCUGACGAAGACUGAGGAGGAACACGCAAAAGUUCUUGAGGAGUAUCCACAGAAGAUCGCUAUGACAGAAGACGAAAAAGCCUUGAUCAUGCACUUGAUUGAGCUCAUCGAAUCAAUGUCGAACAAAGGCAAAUCGAGCCAGAAGGCAUGGAAACGAGGCGCAAGCGAGCUCUCGUCGAAGAUGAGAGCGCUGCAGUCACGGCUGCGCAAGGAUACGUUUCUUGGUCAAUCAGCCAAGAUGAGGCAGCAGCUGACCAAGAUCGGCUUGGCCAUUCAGAAGGAAGACAUGCUGCAGUCGGGUGGCUCCAAGGACUCUGAUAUCGAAUCCACUCAAGAUGAAAUCAAAAACCUCCUCCUCGAUCUUCUCAAGGACCCGGAGUUCCGUGCCAUGAUGCUCAAAGCGGGGUUGGCAAACGCGAUGAACGAGUUGCUUGCUGCUCAAGGCGUUCUGAUAACGGAUGAAACCAAAUUGACGGAUACAACGCAUACUCUUGAUGCAUCCCAUCAUGAAGAGCUGGUGGCUGGGCUAGCAAGGAGUAAGGAGGACGGCAAGAAGACGGUCGCCGCUGACACUUACAAUGCUGUGAAUGCUGGAUCAAAGACUCUGCUUAGCUCGAUGGACAAGCAGAUUAUCAUCAUCAACGUCAUCAAAUCGAAAAUCAACAAUCAUUGCGACAACUUGUUGAAUCCUGAAUCUCAGCCCGACAGCGCCUCAUCGAAGUGA